AUGGAUGGGCAGACAGGGACAGGUUUUCCGGGCGCGGGCUUUCCCCCGCCUGGAGGUCCAGCGGCACCGCCCCUGUUCAUGUACCCCGCUGGCAUGAUGAUGGUCACUCCUGACAUCCUUCGUGCGCUCAGGGGGUGGACGAUCUUGACCUACCUCGAAGUAACGGCCAUGACACUUUUCCUGUACGACUACACUCUCACCUUCGGCAUGGAAUAUCGCCUAGUCUGGAAGAAGCGGUCGAGCGUGAUCAAACUCCUUUACAUCUUCCAACGAUAUCUGCCCUUCUGCGAUGUCGGCUUUCUGACGAUAUAUCGGCACUCGUCUGCGAACCUUACGGGCCCGCAGUGUCAUGUUUUGACUGUUGGGACUGGAAUCCUCCUGACAAUCCGCGUCUGGGCGCUCUGGAACCGCGACGCGGCACUCACCAUCGCGCUGCCCAUAGGCUUCGUCAGUGUUUGGGUCCCCGCGUCUGUUGCGGGGUAUUUUUAUAUUCAGGGGCUUAUCUACCCAGAGGUCCCAUUACACCCAGGCUUUUUGGGAUGUGUGAUCUUGAAGGAUAAUCAUAUGGUCAUUUGGUGUUGGCUCGGGCUCUUGAUUUGGGAUACGAUUUGUUUGAUUCUGGUUGCUGUUCCUGGUGUAAAAUCAUCAGUGCAAAGCAAAGCAAAGCAGAACAAUUUCAUUGACGUUGAGUCGAAAAUGCAGUUCGAGCAGGUCCGGUGUCAAGGCUUGAAUACGUCGUAUAUCGCGAUGCGCUCUCUUUCCGGUAAGCUCUCCACUGUCCUCUCACCUGCAUGCAUGUUAACAAGGGUCUUCCACUCGAUGCUCGCAAGCCGCGUGCUCCUCGAGCUGAGGCAGCAGACGGACAAUAACCACCCGUCCGAGUUCUCGCCGACCGAAAUGGACUUUGAUGAGCGGCUUGGGGCGAUUGAUACGGCUACUGGACAUGGGUUUGGGUUUGGGUUUGGGAGGGUUGGGGGGGAUUGUGAGUGUGGUGUGGAGGGCUGUGGUGGGGGUGUUGGUGUUGGGGGUGCAGGUGGAGGAGGAGGAGGUGCUGGUGCAGGUGCUGCUGGAGGUGCGGGUGCAGGUGCAGGUGUAGGAGGAGGAGGUGGUGGUGGUAUGGCACGCCGGAAUCGGGGCCGGAGCUUUGAUUUGGACGAUUUGGGAGCUUGA